AUGCAUCACCCAUUGAUUCCACUGAAAGACGCGACCUUCACUUUGGACUCGUCGGGAGUUGCAGGCUUCUUCGGAGGUGAUGAAGCAGUUUCGGCGAUGGCAACCGUCCAUGUGUACGAGGGCAGGAGGUGGUUGGGAUGGUAUAACUCACCUGGGAGUUAUGAGAUUGGAAAGCGGUACGGACAGCUUGCAAACUCGCGCUUGUGGGACGGACUUUUCCCGGGAGUCAAUGUUGACCCCGCUACUCUGUUUGAACUUGAUGGAGAGAAAGGUCCACGGUUCAAAGCUGCACAUUCUGGAACGACGAUACAGCAAACAGGCCACUUGGCGCAUCUGUUUGCGACUGCGUGCGAGGACUUAGAGGCAGUGAAAGUGAAUGGCAGAGAAAGCAUGCGCGUCGCGGUAACCAUCGCAGACUUGCAUUACUGCCCUCCCAAGGAGGCGUACCCCAAGUUGCUCCGGACCUAUUCAGGUCUACUGGCGAGCAUCCCCAUUAUCGUCAGCUUGGGCACUUGCGUUGUUUGCGCCGUCUAUUGGGAUUGGUAUUCCUUUUCGAUGAUCCUCCUCGGUAUCAUCUCGAGCGGAGUCGCGUGUUACGUGAUCGGAUCGGGGCAACUGGUCUUCAAACACCCAGCUUCUACCGUGGCUCCAGGAGCUCCCAAAGGAGACGGGAUUCUGAUCACAGAGAACGGGAUAGUGGUUUUAACUGGAGAGGAGGGUGCGGUUACGGCGGUCACUCGAGGGAGGUUCGCGCUUCGGCUCAAAAGCGAGCCAGAGUACAGGAACAUCGGAAUGGCCGCGGUGUUGCUGAAUGUGCAAUUCCUUGCACAACUGCUCCUAAUCCCUCAGGCGCACCUCUUUGGUCAGCUUAUGUUCCUGGCGUCGCUGGCAGUCUCUUGGGCAUAUAACUCGUACCUCUCUUCGCUCGACAAAGAAAAGGUCCAGAUGGAGAUACUAGACCAAGUAUUGGAUCACCCUUCAAAGAGGAAGUAUUCUCUGGGGACGCGGACGACAGCGGCUAUCUUCGUCCUUCUUGUGCUGGAUUGCCUCCACCCGGAGAAACUAUUGGACGAGAUGCUGCCCAACGACACAAAGGCGUGGAGGAUAUGGAAGGAGGCCGUGAUUCCUCGAUUGCAGAGUAGGAAGGACUUUCAGUUUGAAGGGGAAGACUGGGAACGUGACGACCUGGAUAGUGACCAAAAGGAGAUGUUGAAGACAUUGUUCGGAGAUGCGCAAGCGGCUUACCUAGGUUACCUGCAGCACAUUGCGUCUGCAUCCAAGCCAGAUAGGAAAUCGGAGGUCUCGAGGGUCUCAGAGGUGUAA